AUGAGACUAUCCGUUAGUGAUAAGGGUGGAGAGUUUGUUGUAAUUUCCCAUCAGUUAGAUGUGGAGAUAACGAAAAAGCAUCUUGAAGAUGCUUCGCUUUAUCGCCCAUCAUUUGAGAAGGAGUUCAAAAGUAAAUACCGAAAAUUGAACCACGAAUGGGCCAAAAUGGCAAGGGCUGCUGGUUUAAAACCAUCAGUUAUCUCUCAACUAAAAGUUGACUUACCAACAUCCCAUCUUACGAAUACCCAGAUGUUUCUGGAUCGUCUACGUACUGCGCAGCCCAACAGCGCGUGCGUGAUGGAGUCCUUCGACGUUACUGCCCUUUACACAAACGUGUUGAAUGACUCCACAAUGCAAGCCAUAUUCGAAUUCCUUGUACAACACCAAGAAAGAAUAAACAUAGAGUACUACGCUCAAAUAAGAGGGUUGGCAAUGGGACAACGACUGGCACCAAGUCUUGCCAUAGCGUUUAUGUCUAAGGUGGAAGCACCGGUGACCGAUCUCGGGCCGCUACUCUACUUCUGCAUUGAGAACAGCGGAGUAUUUGCUAGCACACCCGGUGCUGGACCAUACUAUGUAAAACCACACAGCGUAGGACCGACGUUAAAGUGCUCGGUAAGAAGUAAAUUCGCUGAUCGAACCCGAUACCAAGUACAGUGGCAAAAGUACAACAAAGGCAGCCUAAGAUACAUAUCGAUCGGCGACCAGUUGCAUGACAGCGUACAUUUCGAACUAGUCGGUGAUAUGUCAAAGGGAGUCUAUGAUCUAAAGCUUAAAGAAGUUGCGAUAGAGUCCGUGAUUGGUUCCUAUUACUGCACCGUACUUGAUCGCCAACAAACCGAGCAGUACCAAGCGGAUCCCAUUGAAGUUGUUGCUUUAGUCCCGCCAAGUGAGCCGAUCAUCACUGAAUCACCAUCAAAAGCUGUUACCCACGGUGAUAGCGUUACGUUCAAAUGUGUUUCCACAGGUGGAAGUCCACCUCCUACAAUAAGUUGGACUUUCUUAAACGGUAGCACAGCAGAUGAGAGGAAUGUGAAUACACUGCUUCGUGGGACCGAGUCUGAAAGCACACUACACUUUCGUGUUCGAUCUGAAGAUAACGGUGUUUACGUAGUGUGUGCUGUCACUAAUAAGGCUAUAGAGUUGGAACAGCCGAAAGAGGCAAGGUCGCCUAGAUUGAAUGUUCUAUUCAAGCCACGCGUGCGGCUAUCUCCUGACCAAGAUAUCGCUGUUGAGGAAGGGCAUCACGUCGACCUCGUCUGUGAUGCUGACUCAAAUCCAUAUCCUCCAAGUUAUGAGUGGAGGCAUUUGGCACUGGGUGAAGUUUAUGCCGCUUCGAAGUGGACAGUGUUGGCUAGUCGUAACAUGAGUGGCGAUUUCGAAUGUCGCGCUAGUAACAUUGUUGGGGAAGGAAGUGCUAUUCUCACUCUUAAUGUGCAAUACGCUCCUGUUGUGACAACUAAGCCGAAGUAUAACCCAAGAGAAGGGGAGCGACUUCAAAUUGAGUGUUCUGUGGAUGCAAAUCCUCAAGCGGCAGAUGUGAGAUGGAGUGGACCACAAGGUUUCAUCUGUGAUGGGCCAAUCUUGGUUUUGAAAAGCGUGUCCAGGGAACAGACCGGCAAUUAUACAUGCUCGGCAACAAAUUAUCUCAGCAUCUACGGAGAAUCAGGCUCUCAAACCCGGAUAGGAUCUGCUGUGACGGUUAUAGACGUGCAACGACCACCUGGUCGAGCCGAUAUCUCUCCUGCUAGACUAAGUGUUAUCGUAGGUGGUACAAUCAGUCUUACAUGUUCCGCACAUGACCCUGGAAGCCCAUCAGGAAGUUUUAAGCUGACAGUCAGGAAUGUUCAACUUGCUGAUAAUGGCCGUUAUCGCUGUCGUGCUGACAACAUUCAUGGAGAAGGGAAAGAAGCUGUUGUUGAUGUCACUGUUAUUGAACCGGCAUGGAUUUCUCGUCAUCUAACGAAAGAACUUACUUUGAAAUUGGACCAGUCAGCUGGCAGGCUAGAAUGUGAAGCGAAAGGUUUUCCAGCUCCAAGUUUUCAAUGGUUUAAGGAUAGUGAGCCGGUCGUUACGAAGCGUUACAAGAUCGAAAGCGUCAUUGUGAAGUCAAGCUGUUCAUCAGGAGAUUACUGCUCUCAAACUGUCACCAGCACAUUACUGUUUACGAAACCAUUGAAAUGGGCAGACAAGGGCAACUAUUCUUGUCGGACAACGAAUGGCGCUGAUCAGAAAGACGUAGAUGACACUUCGUGGACCGUUAUACGAGUCAAUCAUGGGCCAGUCAUUCUGAAUCAGCGAUUCCCGGAAGAGGGACUUGCAGCUGCAGAUGUGGGCACCAUGGCUCGCUUGCGAUGUAUUGUUUCUGCUCGUCCUGAACCAAAGUCUUUCAGUUGGAUGUUCAACUCUGUUCCUAUCGAAGAAAGUGGAAGGUAUUCUUUUCAAAUUGUGCAGCAUUACAACCGCGAUGAGUACGAGCAUAUUCUACAAAUUUCUGAUGCUACUGAAAGUGACUACGGAUCGUAUAUGUGUCGGGUGGCGAACGGUAUCGAUAAGGCAGAAGUGAUUAUUAGGUUGACGCGUACAAUGACUCCACAUGUCCCAACUAAUCUUCGAAAAUUAUCGGCUACACCAAAUUCCUUGUCAAUAGGUUGGGUGCCUGGUUUUGAUGGAGGAUUCGAUCAGUCAUUUGUGGUUGAAUAUAGAAGUUUAAAUCCAUUCACUGAAAGCUUUGGAAAAGGAGACGUAUCAACAGUAGAAGUGAGAAAUACAUCGCGAGUUGAACACAUACAGGAUGACGGGACAACAUUGUGGUUUUUGAGCUCUAACCUAACUGGACUGAAUCCAUUGUCGUCCUACUACUUUCGUCUUCGUGCUAAAAACAAAAAGGGUUUUUCCGAUUUUUCCCAGCUCGUAAUUGCUACUACAAAUGACGUUAACGAGGAUCCGAACAUGUUAGCACCUUCCACUCUAAGUUUUGAUUUGAUGCGGAAAUCAAUCGUUGUUGAGCCUCAUCCACCUCCAGACGACUGCACAUUACUUUAUGUAUCUUCUGGCGACACAUGGCGUUCUGCUGACUGUUACCCGCAUGAUCAAGUUAUCACCGAUCUACCUGGAGGAACUCUCUUCAGAGCCCGAUUCUGCUCACGUGAACAUGUUCUUCGUUGUUCAAAGUUGUCCCAUAUAUUAGAGGCCAAUUCAAUUGGUAGUGCUUGGCGCUUGGUAUUAGUAAUUCCCACACUUGUGCUGGCAUUCUUCGUUAUUCUGGUUUGCGUUCUCCUUGUUUUCUGUUGUCGCACCCGUAUACCGUCGAAAAGUGUCAAAAAAAGGCCAAAGGAGGCAACUGCAAUGCCGGAAUCAGAUGUUAAAAACACUGCAGUUCAUGGCUCGCAGGCAGACAGCGGUGUUUUCACUUUGGAUUCGAGCAAACUGAAAUCGACAUUACCCAUGCACAAUUACUCGAGUGACGAGACAGCAACCGAAAAUUGGACGAGUGACCGAUAUGACACUUCGAAUGACCAGUAUCUUAAUGAAACAACAGGCAUAAUGGACGGUCAGAAUGAGGAGAACAGUUACUCUGGAGCAGAAGACGAAAUCGGUCGUCGCGUAAUACGAGAGAUAAUUGUGUGA